GCGGAUUCUCAACCCCCUCCCCCUCCCCCUCUCCCGAUUUUGAUCUGUCGGUGAGGCCGCAGUUGGACGUACCAUGAGCGGGGACGGUGGGGAUCGGGACCCACCAUCCCCGCCCUCUAAGCAACGGCGCCUAGACCCGGCUUGCCAGUUGCAGAAGGAAACCGAGGCUGCCCAAGCUCUGGCUGACAUGACGGCUUGGGGCGGCGGGAGCCUUGAAACCGCCCUCCGGCAGGCAGCGCGAGAAGCCCCUCAGAAGGGGGGCCUGGAAACCGGCGACCAGCAGGCGGCGCGCGCAACUGAGCGGAGCGCUCCGGCGAAGGGCGGCCGCGCAGGGGGAGACACAGAGGAGGCGCCAGGCAGCGGCGCGGGGGGCCUGGAAACCGACAACGGGGCGCAGAGGGGCCUGGAAACCGCCGCCAGCGGGGCGAAGGGCGGCCUCGACGCUACUUGCGGGGCCGAUGAGGCCGGGGACGGCCGGGAGAGCAGGAGGAAGAGGAAGGAGGCCCGGGAGAAGCGGAGGGCGGUCGAGGCGGCAGCCAAGGCAGCGGAGGAUGAGUGCUCCAUCAUCUCGGUGGGGGAGGACGACGACGACGAGGACGAGGACGACGAGGAAGAGGACGGCGGAAGGCCGCAGCCGCCUCGCAAAACCGAGCAGUACUUGGAAGCCCUGGAGGCGGUGCAGCUGGAACUGGAGGCUGUGAACCAGCAGGCCAGCCGCACCUUCGCCCAGCUCAAGGCCAAGUUCGGCCACAUGCGACGGCCGCACCUGGAGCGGCGCAACCUCAUCAUCCAGAACAUCCCUGGCUUCUGGGUCACCGCUUUUCUCAACCAUCCCCAGCUUUCGGCCAUGAUCAAUGACCGGGAUGAGGACACCCUGAGCUACAUGACCAAUCUGCAAGUUGAGGAUUUCACCCAUGCAAAGUCAGGCUGCAAGAUCAAGUUCUACUUCAACAGCAACCCCUACUUCCAGAAUGAAGUAAUUGUGAAGGAGUUCCAGUGUGGUUCUUCUGGAAGGCUGGUAUCCCACUCUACACCUAUCCGCUGGUGGCGUGGUCUGGACCCUCUGGCACAUGGCCGAAAGAACAUUGAGAUGGGCCGCAGCUUCUUCAGCUGGUUCUGUGAUCACAGCUUCCCAGCAGGAGACCGCAUUGCUGAGAUAAUUAAAGAGGAUCUCUGGCCCAAUCCGCUGCAGUACUACCUGAUGGGGGAAGGUGGAGAAAAUGGUGAAGACGACAGUGAGACAGAGAAUGGUGAUGACUUUGUGGUGAUUGUGGAUGAUGACGGUGAAGAGGAAGAGGAGGAGGAGGAGGAAGAAGAAGAGGUGGCAGAUGUGCAUGAGAUCAUGGAUGAGGAGGGCAGGAAAGGUGAAGCUGUGGAAGAGGUCCUGAGUGGCCAAGAAGAUGACGUUGCUGAUCCCAAGUCCUCCCUCUGUGAGGAGCCAGAUGGGAGGGAUUCUGAUGUGGAAGAAGACGGCUAGAUCAUUAUGGAAGGACAGUGUGUCUGGUUGGACUUUCCCAUGGUGACCUAAGUGGCACUUUGACUCUGACCAAUUGCACUUGGACAUGGCAGGAGAUAGUGGGAGGCUUCAGGAGCAGUCACAUUGGUUAUUUUGGACCUUUAUUUAUUGCAGCGACUGCAUUUCCCUCCCUGCCCUUGGGGGUGGGUGGGUGGGUGUCACCACACACCAGCACCCCCCUUCAUCGUCUGAUGCUUAGCAUCUCUUCCUACCUGCCUGUGCGGGGGCUAUAUGCGUACUUGCCCUGUCCCCUGGUGGCUACUCAGGGUACUGCCUGCCCAGUGGCCUUUUCAAAAUAGCUCAGGGUCCCCUUCAGCAUUAUUAAGUUGCUGAUUUUCGCACCUUCCCUGCACUAUUGCCUAUGAGGAUUCUACUCACCUUGUAGAUACAUCAGCUUUAGAAUGCCUGCUAGAGGUCAGUUAGUGCCUCCUGCAGACAAAACAUAGUCCCAGCCAUGCUUUUUCCUUGUCAAAAGAGUCAGACCCAACCAUUUUGGGACUCUUCCAUUGCCAGCACCCUGCCAAUUCUAAAUGGGUUUAAAAUAGUCCCUGCUGAUCCGGUUGGUGGCCUCGCACCUGUUGGCUUAGUUGAAGCAAUAAUAGCUCUCUCGUUGCACAGUAUUCUGCUUGGGGUUGUUGUGUGAGGAAAUGAGUCACUGGCUAAGAGAAGGGCUGAGGCACUCUACCCUUAUUCUCAGUGCUUUCUCCAAUGCUCCAGAACAUGAUGGUGGUGGCAAAAUCUUCCUUGCAACAGCAUGGCACUGGAUGUGAUUUUCACACACCCAAACUAAUCUAUGUAUAAAAUGCAUACAACUUCCUAGCACUGUUUCUAAAGCAUCAUACCCAGUUGGACCCCUUCCCUAUCCCCUGGACCCCUUCCCUAUCCCCUGCACCCCAUAGAGGCUGUUCUAUGCAAUGCUACUGAUAUUUGUAGAAAGGCAACUGUUUUCCUUGGCUGCAUUUUUUGUAUAUUUCGUAACAGGACUUUGUACGUUUUUUUUACUACAAAAAAAAGCACUUAAUAUACAGAGAGCUUUCCAACUUGGUGUGUUGCUCCUUUACUUUUGGAGGUCUAGAAACAGAGCUGUUCAUAUUCUGUGUUCAGAAAACAUUGUGUAAAUCAUCAGGAUAUGCAAAUAGACAGGCUCCAUCUAUAUGCUUUGUUUUGUAUUGUAUACUGGAGUUCUUUGCAUGUUUUCGUUUUGGAAAAGAGUAGAAUGGGGCAGGAGGAGAGCGAGGAAUGCUAUUGUAGAGAUACAAGAUGGAGUGGUAGGUUGUUCAGUGUGUCUAUCCACAUUGUUUUUAGAAGCCACCCCUGGAGAACCCACACACUUCCCAGAAUUAAAAUGGAUGUGGGGAUUUGGUGUAAGAGUUUUACAAGAAAAUCUGCCGGUAUGUAAUGUAGUGCUCUUUUAUUCUUCAAACUCUUAUGCUAACUCCACAAACUGCUUUUUGAAUAUGGAAUUUACAGAGUAGUUUGGGGGUUCUGUGGUGACAGCUUCUGAACACCAAAUAGUAAUAAUAAUUAAUAAUAAAAUAAAUAAACACAC